GUUCAGGGACAGUCACACGAACGGUGCAGUUUCACAUCAGAGCUGUCAUUCCACAUGAAAUCUGCUGUUCUGUCAUAGCUGGACUCAUUCAUGUCCAGUUUCGGAUAUGGGAUUUAUGAUCGUUAUAUAGUUCGUGUCGGCCUUUCAGCGGCUGUUGUCGUGUUUACGGACCUGUAGAUGCAGCGUCUCCGCAGGGAAGCUUUUGAUCAGUGAAUCUAUCAGUGGUAAAUUACACCCACCAAAGCAACCAUGGCCUCUGAUAUCACCUAUCAGGAUGGCCCAGAUUUUUCUAGAAGAGAUGAGUGCCCUGCUGAGGAUGAGCCUAUUCUUUCACCUGGUUCUGCUCGACAGACAGAAUACGAACGAAUCGGAGGAGGAAGAACAGGAUCCUCUUUUUUUCAGACACUAAUUCAUUUACUGAAAGGAAAUAUUGGCACUGGACUGCUCGGCUUGCCUUUGGCUGUCAAGAAUGCAGGACUUCUGUUGGGACCAUUCAGUCUUCUGGCCAUGGGCAUAGUGGCAGUACAUUGUAUGAACCUACUUGUGAAAUGUGUACAUCAUCUAAGUGCAAAGCUGGGAAAACCCUUUCUGUCUUACGGAGAUGCAGUAGAGCAUGGGAUGGAGAAUGUAUCGUGGUUGAAUAGACAUUCUUUGUGGGGAAGACGUGUGGUGAAUCUGUUCCUCAACAUAACCCAGCUGGGAUUCUGCUGUGUGUACUUUGUAUUCCUCAGUGAUAAUGUCAAACAGGUGGUUGAGACUGCAAAUGGUACGACCGUGAACUGUCACACAAAUGAGACCGGAGUGAUUGUCCCUAGCUAUAACUCUCGUUUCUACAUGCUUUUCUUCCUGCCUUUUAUCAUCGUGUUGGUGUUCAUCCGCAACCUCAAGUACCUGGCUCCUCUGUCCUUUUUUGCAAACAUUACCAUGUGUGUCAGCCUGGUCUUCAUAUACUACUACUGUCUAACGAAUAUUCCGUACCCUGUUAACCUUCCAUUGGCUGGCAGAGGAGUUGAUUAUCCCCUCUUCUUUGGGACGGCCAUAUUUGCUUUUGAGGGGAUUGGAGUUGUGUUACCACUUGAGAACAAGAUGCAGAAUCCUAAAGAUUUCACCAUGGUUCUGUAUCUUGGCAUGGGUAUCGUCACAGCCCUCUACAUCUCCAUGGGCACCAUCGGUUACAUCGGCUUCGGGGAGCAUAUUCGGGGCAGCAUCACCUUGAACUUGCCGUUGUGUUGGUCAUAUCAGGCCGUGAAGCUGCUUUACUCUUUUGGAAUCUACAUCACCUACGCUUUACAGUUUUACGUCUCAGCAGAAAUCCUGAUCCCGCCGGCUCAGGCGCGGUGCAGCCCCAGGUGGGCUCUGGUGGUGGACCUCAGCAUCCGUGUGGCUCUCGUUGGCCUUACUUGUGCCCUCGCCGUAUUGAUUCCAGAGCUUGACCUGGUGAUCUCGCUGGUGGGUUCUGUAAGCAGCAGCGCUCUGGCCCUCAUCUUUCCACCUCUGCUUCAGAUCAUCACCUUCCAUAAUGAAGGCAUGAAGCGGUGGGUGAUGAUCAAGGACGUCGCAAUCAGUCUCGUCGGUCUGGUGGGCUUCGUGGCGGGGACCUACAUCUCCAUCCAGGAGAUUAUCGCACGCAACAGUGCCAGACACAACAGCACACACAUUCAGCUCAUGUGAAUGACAGAUUAAGGGCUAUUUACUCUUUAGAUGGUUAUUUUUGUGUGGUUUAUUUUUACUUAACGUCUGUAGAUGGAUUUUUUACGUGAUUUUGUCCUUUUUACAGCACUGCAUCUCGUUGUAAUGAGUUUAGCAGUUCAGGUUUUACACUUUGGUUUUAACAGUACGUCUCAUUUAUAUGAAAUCCUUGCUUUUAUGCUAAUUUUAAGAUGUUAACAGAACAGUCCCCUUAUUGUUUGUUUAUUGUUUACAUAGUCUCAGCUGGUUCUUGUUGAUAUGUUUUUAGUACUCAUUCAUUUUCUUAAGUUAAAAAGAAAAGCUACAGUACGUGGACGGUAAACUUUGCUUGUAAUUGUUUAAUAGUGUUAGGGUUGUAGUUUGCAGAGCGAAAAAGAUGUUCUUGACCUCUGCCUAUUACACACAGACGUAACUUCUAUUAAUUUUGUUUUAUUAAGUGCAAAUGCAUUUAAAAUACAGAAUGUUUUAUGGUUGUGCAAUUGUACAAUAGUUCUCCAUCUUAAGAAAUGAAAAGAGUAGUUAUUCAUGCAGAAAGGGGCAGUAGUCCCAAAUAAAACUCUAUAUUUGAUUGGAUCUCAUUUCAAAUGUGCAGUAUAAAAUUGUCACCUCUUAGGAAGACUCCAGAUGUCAUGAUCUUUAGCACACAAAACAGACACUUUAACAUGACAGAAACAACAGUGUGAAUGUUUCAAGCUGUAUGUAUUUUAAGUAGACUUUGAAUUCAACACCGAUGCUGUUGUUAAACACACUUAUUGCUGGGCUACUUGAAUUUCUUUUUCAUUUAAUUUGUAUAAAUCUGUUGUAUAUAUUGAUAGCGGUGCCACAUUUGUUGAAGUGUUUUUGAAUAUUUUUUGUUAAUUUACUGUAUUUUCAGAUUGUAACUACAGUGUUAUUUUUUGUCAUUGCGGUUUAAUGGAUUUUAUGUAUGUACUGGACGUAGUUUGUCCAUGCUUACAUUGUUCCGAAUUGAUGUAUUUCUCUAAGGGAUAGUUCACCCAAAAAUGAAAAUCCAGCCUCGUUUCAAACCUUUAUGACUUUCUUUUUUCCGCAGAACACAAAAGAAUAUAUUUUAAAGAAUGUUGUUUAUCAGUUGACAUGUCCUGUAUUAUGUCUUUCUAAUUUAGUACAAUAUGUGCUCUUUGGAAGAAUUAAAGAGUGGAUAUCCUGCCAUGAUGUUUGAAAGUAUCUUGUCACUGU